AUGUGCAAUCUUCGUCGAUUAGAGGGAACCACGCCGGAGGGUUUCAAGAGACUCUACCGUCUCCUUCGCCGCGGUGAUGCUUUCUGUAAACCCCAUCGGACCGGACGGGGUGAACUCACUGUCCUGGCAACUGAGCUGCCGCAGCUUUUGUCUCCCUGUCUGCAUGAUGUUCCUUUGGAUACGAAAGAACACGAGAUUUCUCCCUACCCACGCCACGUCCAAUUCCUCGCCGACUCUAACACUGCGGAUAUUAUAAGAGCCAGGUCAGCAAUCAUCCAGUAUCUCCGCCAGUUCUUUCUCGACCGUUCUUUCAUGGAGGUCAAUACUCCUAUCAUCGGAUCAAUUGCAGGGGGAGCGAUUGCUCGCCCUUUCUAUACUUCUGCCACGGAGUUCUCGGACCGUCAAUUGUCUUUGAGAAUUGCACCCGAAUUGUGGUUGAAGCGGUUGGUAGUGGGCGGCUUUGACCGGGUGUUUGAGAUUGGGCCUUCCUUUCGCAAUGAAGGGCUUGAUAAAACCCACAACCCCGAGUUCACGACAUGUGAGUUCUACCACGCUUACGCCAACCUUGAGGACCUUAUGUCCAUAACGGAGAACCUUCUAUCUGGCAUGGCACAGCAUAUUCGGGAAUUCAAUAAGACUGGUACUCUGGCGCCGACUGAAGUCGAUUUCUCAACUCCGUUUCGCCGGAUCGAUUUUAUCCCCGGUAUUGAAGAAAAGAUCAAUCGCAAACUUCCUGACUUGGAGUCCGCCUAUGCUUUAAACCAAGUUAGACAUCUAUUUACUGAUCUUGCCCUUCCUCUUCCUGAGAAGCCUACACUCCCUCGGCUUCUUGACGCGCUCUGCAGCACGUAUAUCGAACCGGAGUGUGUCAACCCGACAUUUAUUAUCAACCCUCCCGAAUGCCUAUCCCCGUUAUCGAAGUCCUUUAUCCACCCCACCACGAAGCAGCGUGUUGCUGCGCGUGGUGAGCUGUUUAUCGAAGGAAAGGAAGUGGUGAAUACGUACGAAGAGGAGAACUCGCCUUUCGAGCAGAAACGCAAGUUUGAAGACCAAGUAAGAUACAGCAAGGAUGCAGACGAGACGGAAGAGAUUGAUGAGAGCUAUUUAGAAGCACUGCAGUGGGGCCUGCCAUCCACUGGAGGCUGGGGAUGUGGUAUCGAUCGUCUCUGCAUGCUCUUUACUGGGGCGAAGAGAAUUGGAGAUGUCCUGCCGUUUGGAAAUCUGCGUGCAGUGACUCGACGUCAUUGA